UCUUUGUAUGCCACGUGUGAAAGUAAAAUGAUUUGAAAUUUUGCAAAUACAUAACAUACAUGUUUGUGUGUGUACACAAAAAGUUUCAGUUUUUUUCGCAUUGUAGAAAUAUGAUUUUUGAAAACGGGCACCGUGGUGCCCGUGCACCGUUUGCAAUUUUCGGUACUUCUUGGUGCUACAUCUAGCAAUUAGUGUAUGCGUGCCUCUAAAAUUAGGUGUGAUCAAGAUUUAGUUAGAGAACACAUGACUAGAGUAAAAGGUGGCAUCCGGUAGAAUGUAAAAAAUAUAUUUUCUUAAUUGUUAAGAGGCCAUCUCUUUUCUCAGUUAUCAGUAUAAGAGAAUGCAUGGCCUCUUUCUGGUUUGUCCCUCGUCUCUUUUCCAAGUCAGCAGUUAUCUCUUCUUUUCAGCAGGAUAUCUCCCUGUCUUUUAAGUAGUAUUAAGAAAGCAUUUAAAGAGGCAAUCCAAACUUGCAACCGACCAUUAGUUGUACUCAGGGAAAGAAGAUGUGCAUCCCAAACUUGGAAUCCAAACAUUACUCGGUCGGUGUAUCAUGGAAAGAAGAUGCAUAUCAAUUAAUAUUGCGCAAAUCUGCAUCCAGGAAGUAGUGUGCAUCUUGUCAUUUAAGCCACUUGUGGUACGCCCAGCUGUACAAGAGGGAAGAUUUGGUGUUCUUAACCUAUAAAGUCUUCUCUUUCGCCUCUUCAACCGCCAUUUCUUAAAUUCUCCAGCCCUUGGUCAGCCCGGAUAAAAAAUGUUGCCAAUCAGUUAGAUGCUCUGGUUUGUUAACAAACAAGAGCAAGAAUUCAUUUCAGAGUCCAGAGAGGGCAAUAGGGAAGAGGAUGCCACCGCGCCGAGCAUGAUGAGAUUUUGAAGAAGAAAUUUGUCUGAGCAACCUUCUGGCGAAUCUAAUUCAUUGGGGUAAGGAUGGGCAAAGUGGCGUCACAGAAGGACCUCUUUGAGGUUUCAGGACCUACCUAUCUGACAUACGUGAAUUGGAACUGCCAGCACCACCAGCGAGCCGUCAUGGCGAGCCUCGUCCAAGGCGUGUACGUCCUGGAGCGCGACCGGCAGUGGAACCGCCAGGGCCCCGACGCCCGCGCGCCGGCGUGGUGGAACUUCUUCCACUUCGAGCUGCGGCAGGCGCUCGUGGACGCUGCCGACUCCUCCAUCUUCGGCGCGGUGUACGCAUUCCAGCCGCCGUACCACCUACUCGACCCCGCGGCGGCCGCCGGCGCGCCGCACUACGUCGUCGCCUUCCGGGGGACCGUCACCAAGAAGGCGUCGGCGUCCAGGGACCUCGAGCUGGACCUCCUGCUCGUCCGCAGCGGCCUCGAGCACACCUCCCGCUUCCGCAUCGCGAUGCAGACCAUCCACGACGUCGUGGUGGCCGCGGGCACGGAGCACGGCCGCGUCUGGCUGGCCGGCCACUCGCUGGGGUCCGCCAUCUCGACCCUCGGCGGCAAGGCCAUGGCCCGGGCGGGCGUCGCCCUCACCACAUUCCUCUUCAACGCGCCGUUCCUGUCGGCGCCGGUGGAGAGGAUCCCGCACAAGAAGGUGAAGCAGGGCAUCCGCAUCGCCAAGAGCUUCGUCACGGCCGGGGUGGCCACCGUCCUGCACAAGAGCGGCGGCGCCAGCGGCGAAGACGCCUUCGCGGCGCUGGCGCGGUGGGUGCCGAACGUGCUCGUGAACCCGGCGGACCCCAUCAGCGCGGAGUACGUGGGGUACUUCGACCACCGCAAGAAGAUGGAAGACAUCGGCGCGGGCGCCGUCGGGAGGCUGGCUACGAGGCACUCGGUCAAGGACCUGCUGCUGGGCAUCGGCAAGCCGGGCGGCUGCGAGCCGCUGCACCUGUUUCCGUCGGCGGUCCUGACGGUGAACCGCACCCCGUCGCCGGACUUCAAGUCGGCGCACGGGAUCCACCAGUGGUGGAGGCCGGACUUGGCACUGGAGUGCAGGGCCUAUUUCUACGCUUGAUUAGCAGAUCCUCCUGUUCCUUUGGAUGGACCCUCGUUCUAGAAACCGAAACUGAUUUGGGUUAGAAGCUGAGCCUGCAACUACGUGUUUCACAUGAAUUUUAUCAAAAAACCAUGUUCAUUAUA